CUUGCUCCACUUCCGAAAGACUUGCCGGCGGUGUUGGAGCAGUACUUACCCCGUAGCGGAAGACGUGACGACAACAGCAACGGUCUUCCGUUUGUCACGCUUACGUAUGCCCAGAGCGUCGACAGUAAGAUUGCGGCCCGUCCGGGCACACGCACACAUAUCUCGCAUGCUGAGACAAAGACAAUGACGCACUACCUGCGUGCGUUUCACGACGCAAUUCUGGUCGGGGUCAACACCGUACUGGCAGACGACCCGUCGUUGAAUUGCAGAUACCCGAUAGGUGGCCGUGAGAGCGCAAGUGGCGCACUGAACAAUGUCUCCAUAAGGCCUGUUGUUGUUGACCCGGAGUUCCGUGUGGCGGAGACCCUUUUGGACCUCAAAAUGGUGCACAAUUACAGGACAGGCACAGGAUUGAAGCCAAUAGUCGUUGUUGCGGAUGAGGUGCAUGUUCCGGACAACGUGUCGGACGUGGUCGACAUUUUGCGUCUCAAGUCGGCAUGUAACGGCGGCGAUUACGGCAGCAAGACCGGUGCCGCUGUGAAACGUGUGUUCCAAUGGGCGCAGCUCUUAGAGAACUUGAGGCGGGUGCAUGGCCUAGAGAGCGUCAUGAUCGAGGGCGGCGCACACAUCAUCAACACCUUGCUCAACGAGUGCCACCCGUCGACAGCUGCACCGCUUGUGGACUCGCUCAUUGUGACCAUUGGCCCAGUCUACCUCGGGCAGGAUGGCGUCGGAGUUUCUCCUGCGAGCCCACUUUCUUUGAAGAACGUCAGGUGGUGGACAGGCAUCCGGGACUCGGUCAUGUGUGCU